ACGGCCUUGACAUUUAUCGGAGAUUGAACCAUUUUCUCUCGAAGGCCAAGGGUCAAAUUGUGUUUUAGUCGCAGCUUUCAUCCACGGUGGCGAUGUGAAUUGACAAGAUGGGCUUCAAUCCCUACCCCCGUAUAAGCUGGAGAUGGUGAUGUGGUGUGUCCUCAUUUCUAGUUAACAUGAAUAAUCUCAUGGACAAAGAUGGGUGACCAGUAAAUGUAAUCACCAACAGAUGAGGAAGACUUCAUGAGAUGGAAGUAUGCCCUCAACCCAAAUCCAUGACAUAAAAACCACUGAAAAUAGGUCUUAGACACUUGAGGCAGUACUCUUGAAACAACAGACAGCACAAGGAGUGACCCCUCACAUAGGUGACACCAAACAUAGGUAACACCUAAACAUUAAUCAAAGAUGGGUGAGAACAUAAAUGUCAAGAUGGAAAGACUUGAAGCAGGAACAGCAUUGGACAUGGAGAGGUUUCAUCCGAACUUUUUCUCUUCAGGACAAGCUUCGGAUAUCCUUUCAGAAGGGCAUUGCAGUUCUGAUCCUGGUGCAAGUGAGAACAUUGUAAGUAAUGAGGACAUUUCAGAGGAUUCACAAGAUAAAGACUGGAAAGUAUCUUACCUGGACUAUCAGGUUGACUCUGAUGAUGAAGAAAUUGAGACUGCCUCCGACAGAGACCUUGACCCAGACUAUGACAAGAGUCCAGAACCAGAAUGGGAUGAUGGGGACAGUGGAGACAGUGACUACAAACCAGGAUCUAGAAGUGCCAAAAAGAAAAAGUGUUUUCGAGGGAAGGGCAGGGGAAGAAUCAGAGAGAGUUAUCAAAGCAAAAUUGACAAACUCAAACUCAGUCUCACUCAAGAUGUUAUGAGAUUUGCAUCAAAUGUUAAGGGAGGAAGAGACAUACUCAAACUUAAUUCCUUGUUGGCAAAAGACACGCUGGAACAAGAUAAGCUGUUAGUCAGUCAGGCAUCAGAUGUUAGUGAUAAGGUAAAGAAAGAAAGGGAUGAAACUCUGAGGACAACAGUUAAGGAAGUUCUCAGUGGUAGAAACUUAUUGCCCUCUCUGUGCGGUUCUGACAUUUCUCAAGCCACAGUCAAGUCAAUUGCCAACAUACUGCAUGAAGACAAACCCUUCGAAGGGUCUGUUGAGUCGCCUGUGGUCAGUGGAUCUCAUCCUAGUGCAAGUCUGCUCCUCCAGUCAUUGAGGAGAACUGUUCAGGAUAAUGAUCCCGGAACAAAUGAUUUUCCUUCACAGUCAUCAAAUAGUAACACCAACUGUGGGCCAUCAGUUAGCACUGAUGGUGGCAAGCAGAAUGUUGAGGGACUCUCGGGUAGAUCAUUCCUUCUUCUGCAGCAUCUUGCUCUCCAGGAACAUCAGAAGAAACAUCAAUUUGGCUCUUUUUUAUCUUUUAAACGUUUCCUUGAACCAAAUGCCUACAGCUCCUCAAAUGGAGGUAGUGUCCUGAAGUCCAUGCUCACUGAAGACCUGGGCACUCAAGCUGGAGUCGGAUCUCACAGAAGCGACACGACAUUGUUGAGGAAAAUGUUGGAGACUGUUCAUGCUCCCCCUCACGAAAUAUCAUUGGAUGGUUCUGAGCUUUUACAAGUCACAGAUGAAAUGACAGUCUCAGAAAAGAAACAGUUCUCUUUAGAGACAUUUGAAGGAUACACUGUGUAUGUUGAUCAAGCUGCUUCAGAAGAAGAUGUUGAUGAUAAUGAUGAUGUUGAUGGUGAUGUUAAUGAUAGGGACAAAGAGGAAAGUGAUUACCAGCAGAUCCCUGACAUUCCUGCGCUCAUGCCAGUCAAGAUAAAGACCGAACCUUUGUCUCCACGGCAUACAUCUGGAGACGCUGAGAGUCAUCCACAGAUCAAAACAAUUCCAUUAAUGCAGAUUAAGCCAGAACCUAUGUCACCUACAUCAGGGACUGAGGGUGACGGCUUAGCUUCACAAGAAACUUCAUCCAGGGAGUGUGAAAAAUCUAAUUCAGCCUAUGAUCAAAACAUAAUAAUUAAGAAGGAACCUGACCUGCUUUUAACUGAGGGAAGCAGAGAGAGAAAGGAAGACAUCCAGUCGCAGUCUGAAGGAUUUCACCAGCAUACCAGUUCACAUCCAGUAGGUGAUAGUCUUAAAAGAUCAGCAGAGCUUACCACGUUGGAAAGCAUGCAGCUGAAGUCUGAACCUGUCUCUCCAACGUUACCAACAAGACCACCAGAUCUUUGGACAAACAGCUGUAAUGCUGCACCAAAUGUAUCAAAGAAUGUUUCAAAAUUACAGUCUUCAGAUAUUCCUGACUUAAAUUUGCGCUCUCUGUUGGUGAAUGAUGAUAACACAUUAAAAGUCAAUGUUAACACAAAGAGCCAAGUACAGCCAUAGUCAGUCCAUG